ACAAGUAUUUAGUUCCGACUUCUAUUUCCGGCCAGUAACGGAAAUUCAAAGCUGCUGCGUAAUUGUGCUGUUUAGCGGCUCCUGUUUCUUCUUAACAAAUUAGUGUAUACCUUUAUUAAAGAUGCCGGAUUAUUUGGGAGACGACCAAAGAAAGAUUAAAGAAGAAGAAAAGGAAGAUGCACCUAUCCGAGCGUUGGAUGAAGGGGACAUCGCUCUGCUCAAAACAUACGGUCAGAGCACCUACUCCAGGCAGAUUAAACAGGUGGAGGAUGAUAUUCAGCAGCUUCUCAAAAAGAUCAAUGAGCUGACAGGCAUCAAGGAGUCGGACACAGGCUUGGCUCCACCAGCCCUCUGGGAUCUGGCUGCUGACAAGCAGACCCUGCAGAGUGAACAGCCGUUACAGGUAGCGAGAUGCACCAAGAUCAUCAAUGCAGACUCUGAAGACCCCAAAUACAUCAUCAAUGUCAAACAGUUUGCUAAGUUUGUGGUGGAUCUGAGUGACCAGGUGGCUCCGACUGACAUAGAGGAGGGCAUGAGAGUUGGGGUUGACCGCAACAAAUACCAGAUCCACAUCCCAUUGCCUCCGAAAAUCGACCCCACCGUCACCAUGAUGCAGGUGGAGGAGAAGCCUGAUGUGACUUACAGCGAUGUUGGUGGAUGUAAGGAGCAGAUCGAGAAGCUGAGGGAAGUGGUUGAAACUCCUCUGCUUCAUCCUGAGAGAUUUGUUAACCUGGGUAUUGAGCCUCCUAAAGGAGUGCUGCUGUUUGGUCCCCCCGGCACCGGAAAGACCCUGUGUGCCCGAGCUGUGGCCAACCGAACUGACGCCUGCUUCAUCAGAGUCAUCGGCUCCGAGCUGGUGCAGAAGUAUGUGGGAGAGGGAGCCAGGAUGGUCCGCGAGCUGUUCGAGAUGGCCAGGACUAAGAAGGCUUGCCUGAUAUUUUUUGAUGAAAUCGAUGCUAUCGGAGGUGCUCGCUUUGAUGACGGCGCUGGUGGCGACAACGAGGUCCAGAGGACCAUGCUGGAGCUCAUCAACCAGCUAGACGGCUUCGACCCUCGAGGCAACAUCAAAGUUCUGAUGGCCACCAACAGACCCGACACUCUGGACCCGGCCCUGAUGCGACCGGGACGUCUGGACAGGAAGAUUGAGUUCAGUCUGCCUGAUCUGGAGGGUCGCACCCACAUCUUUAAGAUCCAUGCCCGCUCCAUGAGCGUAGAGAGAGAUAUUCGUUUUGAGCUUUUGGCCCGCCUCUGCCCCAACAGCACCGGCGCGGAGAUCCGAAGCGUGUGCACGGAGGCGGGUAUGUUCGCCAUCAGGGCUCGCAGGAAGAUCGCCACAGAGAAGGACUUCCUGGAGGCCGUGAACAAGGUCAUCAAAUCUUAUGCCAAGUUCAGCGCCACCCCAAGAUACAUGACCUACAACUGAGUGUUUCUGAUGUAGAAGUUCACUGUCUAAAACACAAAUGUUUUCCAUUUUUGUCCACUUAAAAAUAAAGUUUAUUCCAAAUGUAA